AUUUCUGAUUGCAAGAUGGCGUGGAAACACACCACCACCACCACCACCACCAUCACCCUCUUCUUCCUCCUCAUCACCACCUCCACCUCCACCACCUCCACCACCGACCCCUACACCCCCGGUCCACUCAACUCCACCCAUAUCCACAUCUCGGCGGUGGUAACAAUAGAUCUACAGGAGGAGCUGGACGUGUGGGUGCCAACUGAGCCUGGAACAUUUGGGACCGUAUACUUCAUCGAUUCUUUUGGCGGGUACACACCUGGAUCGCUCUAUCAGGAGUUCGGCCACUUCCUCGCCUCGCACGGGUUCGCAUUGGUGGUCCCGUGGAGUCUGAGUCUACCCGUUAACCCAGUGGACAAGGUUCCUAUCUUCGCCUCCGUCCUCGCUUGGGCCGAAGAACACUUGGAGGAAAAACUGCACGAGAAGGGAGUGGACGAGGGAGUGCAUUUGGACCUGGAUAACCUUGUGUUAAGCGGGCACUCGGCAGGGUCUCAUGUCUUGGUGGAGUACCUCAAGGGGGGCUGCGGGAAAGUCAAGGCCCAGGUGUUUGUAUCCCCCGUGGACGGCGUGGACCCCCUUGGCUUGAUCCCGGAGUUCUGCAUCAACCCGGGGGAGUAUUUGAAUUACGGGCUACCCACCAUGCACAUUGAAGGGGGUUUCGAUUCUCUCCCAGGAUCAUCGGGAGUGGCAUGCGCCCCUCUUGAGCUAAGUAACAUUCGAUUCUACAACGCCGUGGAUCCUAAGUUAGCCGGCAAAUGGCAUCUCAACACCACGCAGUUCGGGCACGCGGAUCUCCUAGACGAUGAAGCCAUAGCGUUUGUGGAGUCCAGUAGCUUCUGCGCCUGGAAUCCGAAUCUGAGCUUAGCGGAUCACGAUGCGUAUAGAAGAUUUGUGGGCGGUUCGAUGGUGUUGUUUAUGAAUGCCGUGUUCUCCAAUGACGAGGCAGCGUGUGGAUCUUACCUGAGUUACUUACAAGACCCGACCUUAAUGAAUAUAGAGGUCACCAACUUCUACGAUAACCCGAGCGGCCUGUGUCCUACGCCUACUUGUACGUGGUCUCCGCUGCCUACUACUACUACUACUACUACUACUUAAAUGACUACUACUACUACUACUACUACUACUACUACUACUACUACUGAGCAAAAUAAGAAAAAAACAAGAAUAAACAAAGAAAACAAAAACAAAAACAAUCUUAUUUCUUUUAAAAGGGAAGAAAAAAAAUUAGGAAAAGAAAAAUUAAUGUGAAUAUAAAUUUUAAUUCGAUUUUUUUUAUUAUUUUUUUUAUUGAUGAAGAAAAAAAAUAAUUAACUUAGAAAUAUUAAUAAGUGUUGAUGCCCUUAUUGUGUUCUCUCUCUCUCUCUCUCUCUCUCUCUCUCUCUCUCUCUCUCUCUCUCUCUCUCUCUCUAA